GUCUCCGACCGAGGUCUGGCCAACUCUAGCGCUGGUCUAAGCGGGCGCUCCCGCAACUUAGUGGUGUAUUUCGCCGAGCCGAGUGUGAGCUGUUUUUAAGUGAUAAGCUGUUUGUGUAACGGUCAUCCCAAAAGCCAUCGCUUUUGUGUGUGGUGACUAUAAUCUGAUUGUAAAAUAAAAUGGCUCCACCCGUGCUGCUGAAAUUGCCCAGAGGUUUCUCCCCAGGGAGAGCUUCACCGAAAAAGCUGAUCCCGGCCAAGACCUCGGCGGUCUCCGAUGGACCCACUCGAAUCGAAAAACCAACUGAAGGACUGCAUCAUCUUCAACAAAAGCAGCAGCAGCAGCAACAACAGCAACCUUCAUCCAUUCCCCGAGUAGAUGUUGUCUAUCUUACCUACAACGCCCAAAGAUUACAACCGGCGAUUUCGUUGGACAACGUCUGCACCGUAAGCUUGUUCGAGCUGAAGAAGCACCGUGAAACCAAGAGGACACAGAAAGCCGAAAUGAGCUACGACGCCUACAAACACUACCAAUGGUACAACUCCAUGCUCACCAACGAACUUCGGCACCAGGCCGAACAGAACGAAACGAACGCCGCCAACUCGAACUAUCCGUUGUUACUGAAAAUCUUCCACUGGUACAUCGAAUCGGCCAAUCUGGACGCCUUCGUCGUGGACCACGCGACCACCAACCCACCAAAAGUGUACGAAGCUAUAUCGCUGAUCAUCGGAGCCGAGGUGGAGCACUGGUACUGCGCCAAGGCGGGCCACGCCAGCAUUCACGGCAGCCGGGUUCGGAUACGGAGUACCCGCUGGGAGAGCACCCACGCCGAACAGGCCAAGGCACGGAUCACCGACUGCCUGGUUUCGCCACUCUCGAAUGGCGGAGACACCACGACGAACAGCAGUACGAAUCUUUCCGUUCCGAGCCAAUCGUCCCGUUUGGCUGCCUGUUCCAAAAGACUUUCCCUCGGUACAAUCUGUGAAGAAAUGGAUUGAAGGUCAUCCGAGUUUUUUUUUUUUGGCUAAACGAGAAUCUAUCUAUUUAUUGUACCAUUUUAUUAGCAACUUUCUGUUUCUCAAGACAUUGUAACAUUGUUUCAUUUAUCUAUGUUGCAUAAACACAUUUUCGUUCCAUUGCUGCUAAAGCAUUGGUGAGAUAUUUAGUAUUUCUUUGUGAUUCAUUUUUUAGAACAACAAAAUAAAAUUCUUUAUUUAUUUUUAUAACAUUGAUUUUGCUUUCUCAAACUCACCAUGUGAACUGAAAGAAGAGACGAAUCUAAACAAAACAGGCAAAAUAAUACUUUGUUCUACACAGAAGAAGAAAGUUAACAAAGAAGGGCAAUUGAAAUAAAUAUUUAAACUUA